AAAAGGAAAGCUCAUUAUGAGUAUACAUCUCUGGAAGAUGAAGACAGGAUGGAAAUGGACCAGAAACGACAGAGGGAAGUAAACAGAAAUUUGGCUCUCAUAAACUGUCAGUACUACUUGCGUGGGUCAUCACGUUAUAUUUUUCAACAUCAUCUGAAUGACAUAGGAAGUCGGCUUGAGAAACAUUGGUUUUUGAUACAGGAUACAACGACAAAAACAGAACGACUUCUAACAAUGGCUCCCAUCAAUGCCAACUGUCUCGUAAACUGUAAUGCUGCUACUCAGUGGGCAUUCUUAGAAAUUUUCUUGGCUUUCCAGCAUCCUUACAUUUAUCCUAUCUUGGACAUUACUUUCAUAACUUUGGCAGACCGACAGUAUGUUGUUACAGUGAUGCCUUUCAAUGAGAAAGGUUCUCUUAAAGAUCUUUUAUAUCGUAGUCACUGCCAGGACAAUUGGUCUGAGAAGUAUAAUACUUCUGGACAUGGACUUGAUGAACUACAAGUUAAACAACUAGGUCGUGAGAUUUUAGAAGGGAUUAUGUUUCUUGAAGAUCAAGGAUUUCCACCGUUUGAUCAUCUGCAUUCAGCAAAUGUUAUUAUUCAAAAUGGAGUGGCAAGAAUCAGUGGUCUCGAGGGUACAUUACUUGGAGUUACUCCUCAAAUUUAUCCAGUAAUAAAAAAAUGUCUACGGUACAGUUGGGAAAGCAUUGUCCCCAUAACAUUUGGCCACCUGUUGUUUGAAAUGACUUCUGGGUAUACACUUUCUACUGCUCAUCCUUCAGAGAAAAACUACAGCGACAUUUCCUGUUGUCCUCAAGUUAUAAAGGUCUUAAAGUUUAUAUUUGAGCAGGAACAGUACAGAUAUCCCAGUAUACAAGAG